AUGGCGGUAAUGGAUUAUCAGCAAGUUUAUGAAUCAAUCAAAAAUGAUGACGAUUCUAUCAAAGAUCUAGUAGGAAAAGAUCAUGCUAAUGAUUGUUUUCCAGAAGGACUCGAUUUUCUUCCAACAAUGUUAAAAUACUCGCCGCCAUUAAUAUCUAUUGCAGCUUAUCAUGGGUCAAUUAAUGCAUACAAAUACUUUUUAUCAAUAGGUUCCAAUAUUACAGAGUUAGACUGCUUCAGCACUCCAAUUUCCUACUUCUCUAUAGUUGGAGGCAAUAAAGAAAUAAUGGAAGACUUAUUUACUAAAGAAAUUGACUUCAGUGGAUCGGUUUUUGUCGCAAUUGAAAAUGGCAAUUUAGAUUCGUUAAUUUGGUUGAAAGAGAAGAAUCUUAUAACCAAGCAUGAACAAGAUAUGAGAGGAUAUUCUAUUGGAUUAUACGCAAUUCUCACAAAAAAUCCUCAAUUAAUAGAUUUCUGCUUCAAGCAGUUAAAUGAGAUCCCAAGAGUCAAUGCAACUGGUAACAACAUACUCAUAUAUCUAUUAAAAGGAGGUUUUAAAGAUGCUGUAAAAGAAGUUGUGAAAAAAUAUCCUACAUUAGCUACAACUCCUGGAAAAAAUGGAAUAACCCCAGUCAGACUUGCACAAAUGAAAAAAUACAAUGAUUUAGAAGAGAUUCUUUGCCAGAAAACAAAUACAAAAUACCAAACACCAAAGAAAAAGGAAAAAACAGAAAAAGAAGAAACAGAAGAAACUGAAAACAAAGAUCCAAAGUCAGUAUGCUGUUUAUUGGUCUGA